AAAUAUUUAGUGGUGUUGUACCUAGACAACUUCUGUGGGACGAAACAAAACACAAACUGAGAAAGUUGAAGCAGAAUGGCACCUGUCAGCGAAAGCAGUGACUUUUACUAUGGAUCACGUCUUUUAUCACCAUUAGUUCCAAUACUUGGAUUAUCGAUCGAUCAGAUAAAUUUUCUAGUAUGUCAGCUGGUUGCAAUGGCUAUUGGAAUUCCAUUCCGUAAUAUGUUAGAUCCGAGGAGCACAAGUCCUCGAGUGAGACAUGCUGUUGAGCUACUGCUUGGGAUAGCAUUGGUCCUGUUUUGUUUUGGAAGUCAGAUUAUUCACUUGUUUAUACAAGCAACCUUGGGUUACGUGCUGCUGCAGUUUGUUGGUCAGAAAUGGAUGCCAGUGUCGGUGUUUGUUGUAGCAAUGGGUUAUCUAGCUUGGUGUCACAUACAUAGAAUGAUCCUAGACUAUGGUGGCUACACACUAGAUAUAACAGGACCACUUAUGAUCUCUGUUCAGAAGAUAACAGUUGUUGCUUUUGGCCUAAAUGAUGGUAAAAACAGAGAAGAGAAAGAUCUCAACCCAAAUCAAAAAUCUAAAGCAAUAAGAGAAAUGCCUGAUGUUCUGACCUAUUACAGCUACAUAUUCAGUUUCCACAAUGUGAUGUGUGGCCCCCUAGUGUUUUACAAGGAUUAUUGUGCUUUUAUAGAUGGCUCUUGUUAUACUUCUAACUCGGAAAAUAGCAAUAAUAAGGGUAUUCCGUCACCAAAGGAGGUAUUUCUACAAAAACUAGUGACUGUAGUUAUACUGGGGGCAUUGAUGAUGAUGGAACCAUUCAUAGCGCCAUGGUCAAGAAUGAAAGAUGAUGACUUUCUGUACAAUACAACAUGGAUAUACAGGAAUUUUUAUUUGCUAUGCUCCAUGACCAUGCACAGACCAAUGUACUAUUUUGCCUGGAAACUAGGUGAACUCGUGAAUAAUUCAUGUGGACUAGGAUUUUCUGGUUAUGAUGAUAAAGGAAAUUCUAAGUGGGAUUUGCUAGAUAAUGUUAAAAUCUACCAACUAGAGACAUGUACGAGUCUUAAAGUGAAUGUAGAUUCGUGGAAUGUGACAACAGCUCAUUGGUUGAGAUAUAGUGUGUAUGAGCGAUGCCCCGCCUCCAUUGCUACAUGGGCAGUAUUUAUAAUAAGUGCAUUUUGGCACGGAUUUUAUCCUGGAUAUUACAUGGCAUUCCUCACUGCAGCUCUCUUUACAACAGCUGCAAGACUG